AUGGCAGAAAAUAUUCUCUUCAGUAUUGCUGAAGCAAUUGUUGGGAAGUUGGGUUCUUUUGCUCUCAAAGAAAUUGGUUUGCUUUGGGGUGUCAAAAAUGAUCUCCGAAAGCUUAACAGCACCAUGUCUACAAUCAAAGAUGUGCUUCUUGAUGCAGAGGAGAAGCAGACACACAACCAUCAAGUUAGAGGUUGGCUCACCAAGCUUCAGGUUAUUGUGUACGAUGCUGAUGACCUGGUGGACAAGUUUGACUUUGAAGCUUUGCGGCGUAGAGUGAUGCCUGGCAAUAAAAUGAGGAAGCAGGUAUGCAUUUUCUUCUCGAGCUCAAAUCAACUUGCUUUUGCGCUAAAGAUGGGUCAUAGAAUAAAAGAAAUUAGAGAGUCUCUAGAUGAAAUUAGAAUUCAAAGAGACUUUCACUUAGACAAGCGUGUAGAAGAGACAAAAUCAGUCUCAGCUAAAGCAAGAGAGACCUACUCUUUUGUACGCGAGGAAGAAGUAAUUGGGAGGGAUGAUGAAAGAAUGAAAAUCUUGCAACUUUUGUUGCAGGAUGAUGAAACUAAAGAGAAUGUCUCCACCAUUACCAUUGUUGGUAUUGGAGGACUAGGAAAAACAACACUUGCUCAACUUGUUUUCAACGAUGCCAUGGUCCAAAAGCAUUUUGAGCCAAGACUGUGGGUAUGUGUCUCAAAUGUCUUUGAAAUGAGACCAAUUGUUGGCAAUAUCAUUAAAUCUGCCACCAAUAGUAGCCCAGAUCAACAUCUUGCAAUGGAUCAGUUGCAAAAUUUGCUUAGGAAACAAAUAGAUGGAAAGAGAUACUUUCUUGUGUUGGAUGAUGUGUGGAAUGAAGAUCGUAAAAAAUGGCUUGAGUUAAAGUCUUUGUUAAUGGGUGGGGCAAGAGGUAGCAGAAUUCUGGUAACUACUCGCAGUGAGAAUGUUGCCAAGUUAAGCCAUACAUUAGAUGACCAGCCAUUUAAGUUAAAUGGCUUGGAGAAUGAUAAGUCAUGGUCUUUAUUUUCAAAAAUGGCCUUUAGGCAAGUUCAAGAUCUGAACAACCCAAAGAUUGUGGAUUUAGGGAAAGCAAUUUUAGAAAAGUGCAAGGGAGUUCCUCUUGCCAUAAAGACCAUAGGAAGUAUACUAUACUUCAAAAAUCCCGAAACUGAGUGGUCCUUCUUUAGGGAUAAUGAACUUGCAAAAGUAACUCAGCAAGAAGAUGAUAUUAUACCAACACUCAAGCUAAGUUACAAUCAUCUCCCUUCUUAUUUGAAACAUUGCUUUGCUUAUUGUAGUUUGUUUCCAAAAGAUCAUGAGUUUGAUGUGCAAAUGUUGAUACAUUUGUGGAUGGCACAAGGUUUUAUUAAGGCAGACCAAAACCAGUUUCCAGAAGAUAUUGGUUAUGGAUAUUUUUUGGAUCUACUAUGGAGAUCCUUUUUUCAAGAAGGAAAGAAAGAUGGUUUUGGUAAUAUCAGGAGGUGCAAAAUGCAUGAUCUCAUGCAUGAUCUUGCAAUGUCAGUGGCAGGAACUAGUAGUGUCUUGAUAAAUAAAGGUUCUAUCAGUUCUAGUGAAAAUCUUUUUCAUGUAUCUUUUGAUUUUUCACUAGGUGGUACAGAAUUUUUGACAAGUGUAUCGCCCUUGCUUAAACAUCAUUAUAAGCUGCGGACAUUAUUUGUUCUUCCUACAUAUUUAGGUCAUGAGCAAGAUUUGACACUGAUAAACUGUAUGGAAAAUUGUUUGAAAUUUAAAUUAUUACGGGCACUUGAUUUGAACAGAUUUUAUUCUAUAGAGAAGCUACCAAAUAGUUUUGGAGAAUUAAAACAUUUGAGAUAUCUUGAUCUUUCAAAUUUUGAAAAUAUCCAAAAGCUGCCCAAUUCUAUCACCAACCUGCAUAAUUUACAAACAUUGAAUCUUGCUGAGUGUGAAGAGUUAUCAAGUUUGCCAAGAGAUAUGCAUAAACUGGUCAGCCUGAGGCAUCUUUUGUUGGAUGAGUGUUCGAGUCUGAGUCAUAUGCCAAGUAGACUUGGAGAACUGACUUGCCUUCACACAUUAAGCAGAUUUGUUCUGCCAGGUCAUGACGUCAGCCAGUUGAGGCCAAGGAAUAAGAGUAUUGGUGAGGUUGGUGAAUUACGCAACCUUAACAGUUUGAGAGGUAAGUUAUCCAUUGAGAAUUUGAGACCUGAUAUUGAUGAAUCAGAUACUGCAAAUUUACAAGAGAAGCAACACCUGCAAGAGUUAAAAUUAUGGUACUUGAAGUUUGAGGAAGAUCAUUUUGUGGAAAAAUACGAAAAGUCGUUAGAAUUGUUGCGGCCACAUCCUAAUUUAAAAGCAUUGAGAGUUUAUGGGUACUUGGGAGUGGGUUUUGCCAGUUGGGUUAAGUCCCUUACUAAUCUUGUUUCUUUAAGAUUAUAUGGAUGUACCAAAUGUCGGCAUCUCCCAGCUUUGCAUGAAUUACCUCAUCUCCAGAAACUUACACUUGAAGACUUGGAUUGCCUGGAGUAUAUUGAUGAUGAUCAGAAUACUGCUACUAGUUGUGACAUAAUACCAUUCUUCCCUUCCCUCAAGGUACUUUUUAUUCUGUGGUGUCCAAAACUAACUUCCAUGCCACUAUUUCCAUCUCUUGAAAGGUUAGUACUACAUGAUACAAGCUCGAAGCCAUUACGUGGGACGAUGAUGAUGGCACAUAAGGAAGCUAGUUCCGGUGCAUCGCCGUCAUCAUCGUUCCAAUCUCUAUCCAAAUUGGUGGAAAUGACCAUUUUGGACAUUGAUGACCUACAAUCUCUUCCACAAGAAGGUGUGGCCUACCUCUCAUCUCUCCAAUCUCUUCAGAUUUUGGGUUGCCCCAAUUUGACGUCAUUGCCAGAAUCUAUCGGCAACCUCUCAUCACUCCGAUCUCUUGAGAUUGGCAGUUGCCCCAAUUUGACGUCAUUGCCAGAAUCUAUCGGCAACCUCUCAUCACUCCGAUCUCUUCAGAUUAGCUAUUGCCCCAAGUUGACGUCAUUGCCAGAAGGCCAGAUGUUACGCGCUUUAAUGAAAUUGUCCAUUAAACGGUGCCCAAUGUUACAACAAAGGUAUAAUAAUACAUCUGGUGUGGACUGA